GAGAGGCGGCGCCGUUUGAUCGCUUCAGAUUAGAAGUGUUGUGGAAUUAAACUCCGCCGUGGGCGGAGAGGUUUCCAAACUGCUGGUUCAGGGACCGUCCAGGUGUGACGGAGGAAUUCUCUCCUCCUGUGCUGUUCUUCCUGUGGCAGAGGUCUCGUUUCCAUGACAACAGUUCAGGUGAAAAUGCUCCGUUUCUGCAUUUCUGUGUUUACGUUUCCAUGGAAACCGCCGUAACAACGCUGCAGUUAGCAUGUUGGUCAUCUGUCCUCAGGAAAUUUGGAAACAGCGUCGUUUACAAAACGCGGAAAACGCCGCGUCUCCGUGAGAACGGAUCUUUAACCUCCAGUCCGCGGCGUCUUUCACUGAUUUAGCUUCAUUCAUUCAUUCAACAAUUUACAGCUGUCAAAAACCUUAAGCUAAUGCUAAUGCUAACGACACAGAUGAACAGGCAUGAUGGCUGAGUGCGUCGGCUCACUGCUGCCGCCAUGUGGACGGCGGUGGAAUCACUCUGAAUUCAGAUUCUGCACCUUUAACACAGAAACACUUCUGAUUCCCUCUGAUGGAGGCAUUUCCUGCUGAUGAGAUGAGAGCGGACGGAUUCAGUGGGGGGUGGAGGAGGGGGCGGAGCCAGGCUCCGGCGCCUCUCUCCUCGCCGAGGAGGAGCAGAGCGGAGACGAUGCUGCGAGCCGCCGCCGCCGCCGCUCCUCUUCCUCUUCCAGUCGCAGCGAAGCGGCUUCGUCCUGACGGAGGCAGAGAGACGAGCAGCACAUCUGGCCCACAUCUGUCAGCACCGGGUGGACGACGAUGAACACGUCUGGCGGCCCCCCGGGGGCGGAGCUCACGGAUGAGGAGAAGGAGAUCAUCAACGGCGUUCUGGCUCGGGCCGCCAUGAUGGAGGCCAUGGAGCAGGAGAGGAUCGGGCGUCUGUCCAGUCGUCUGGACAGCAUCAAGAAGACGGCGUGCGGGGACGGACAGUCGCGCUGUCUGCUGUGUGGGACGGCGUUUGGACCUCAGGGCGUCACGGCCGUCCUGUGUGUGCAGUGCAACAAGCACAUGUGCAGUAAAUGUGGGAUUUGGAGCAACAGCAGGACGAGUCCUGUGUGGCUGUGUCGGAUCUGCGGCGAGCAGCAAGAGAUGCAGAAGCGUUCGGGCGCCUGGUUCUUUAAGGGGCGGGAGCAGCGGACCCUCCCCGCCCCGCUGCCGCUCUCCAGACCGCCGCCCGGAGGAGACGGAGCGCCGCAGGAGACGCCGGCACGUCGGCACACGCACGAUCUCGGUGCCGAGCCGCAGCCGCCGCCGCCGCCGCCGUCCUGUGGAUCUGAACAAUGGGAGCAGACAGCGAGAACAACAGCUGACAUCAGUAAUGAGGAUCAGUCCCGUCCGGCAGCUGUAACGAAGGCGGAGAGGCCGGCGUUAGCCUCCAAACCGCCGCGGGCGGCGCCGGCCUCAGCUCCUGCUGCCGCCGUGGAGGACAGACCGUCGCAGUCGCCUCCGGCGGCGGAGGAGAGAAGACCGCCAGCUGUGGACUCCGCCUCCUUCUCCGUCUCGUCUCACACUCCCGCAGCCAGGUUCACUCCACCCGUGAACCCACCCUCCAGCAACCCUGCUCCACCCAAACCGACUCCAGACCGAGCCGAGGACGACGACAACGACUACGACUCGGACGACGCCACCACUCUGGGCUCUCUGGACUUCAGUCUGCUUUACGAACAGGAGACUCACACUCUGCACUGCUGCAUCGUAAAAGCCAAGGGUUUGAAGCCCAUGGACUCCAACGGACUGGCAGACCCGUAUGUGAAGCUGCACCUGCUACCUGGAGCCAGUAAGUCCAACAAGCUUCGUACCAAGACCCUAAAAAACACCCUGAACCCCGUCUGGAACGAGACGCUGGUCUACCACGGCAUCACCGACGACGAGAUGUCGCGGAAAACUCUGCGGCUGUCGGUGAGCGACGAGGACAAGUUCGGACACAACGAGUUCAUCGGAGAGACGCGGGUCGCCCUCAAGAAGCUCAAGUUCGACCAGAAGAAGAACUUCAACGUCUGCCUGGAGAGAGUGAUCCCGGUGAAGAAGGCUGUGGGAGGAUCAGCUCGGGGCAUGGCGCUCUACGAGGACGAUCUGAAUGAAGGCGGGGACUCGGAGGAGCGCGGUCGGAUCCUGGUGUCUCUGCUCUACAGCAGCCAGCAGGGCCGUCUGAUUGUGGGCGUGGUUCGCUGCGCCCACCUGGCCGCCAUGGACUCCAACGGAUACUCCGACCCCUUCGUCAAAGUGUGUCUGAAGCCUGAUAUGGGAAAGAAAGCCAAGAACAAGACGCAGAUCAAGAAGAAGACGCUGAACCCAGAGUUCAACGAGGAGUUCAGCUACGAGAUAAAACACGGCGAGCUGGCCAAGAAGACGCUGGACAUCUCGGUCUGGGACUACGACAUGGGGAAGUCCAACGACUUCAUCGGAGGCUGCCAGCUCGGCAUCCAGGCCAAAGGCGAGUGUCUGAAGCACUGGUACGAGUGUCUGAAGAACAAGGACAAGAAGAUCGAGCGCUGGCACGUCCUGCUCAACGACAACAGCGUCCAGUUCGAGGACUGAGGCCAGGAGACCUGCUGCUGCUGCUGCCCUUCCUCCUCCUCCUCCUCCUCCUCCUCCUCCUCUCUGGUCUGUGCCGUUCCCUGUGCUCGUCUCUGUGAUGUGGAAUCUACCCUUCAGUCGACCAGUCCUGAUCUGGUGAUGGCUGUUUAUGAAGAUGAAGAGCAGCUGGGGGUGCAGGAGGAGGAAGAGGAGCGUGGGGGGGUGGGGGGUGGGGGGGUGGGGGGGGGGGGGGAGGGGGGGCUGUUCACCGAGUCUCUGACCUCUUUUUGUUUUUCCACCCUGUCACAUCUCAUCACCCGUCCUGGCCGGCUGUUCGGGGUGUUUGCUGCUUCCGCUCAGACCUCGUGGUUCGGUGGGAACCAACACCCCUCUGUGCUGCUGUGUGUUUCCAUUGUGCCGAGUGUGAACCGGUGUGUGUGUGUCUGUGUGUGUGUGUGUGUUUGGGGGGGGGGGGUGAAGAGGUUCCUCUCCUCUGCAUGUGUGAGCCCCUCCUGUCCUCCUGUCUGCUGCAAACGGCCCUGAAAACACUGUUUCUGCAUGACGUUUCACCUGGAAGUGUGACCUGCAGACAGACCCCCCCCCCCCCCCCCCCCCCCCCCCCCCCCCGAUCAGCACCACACAACCUGUUAAAGACGAGUACAACAAACCUGGAGCCUCCUGCCGAAAGCGAGGACCCACACCGAUACCGAGUACCGAUACCAGAAGAAUAAUUCAUGCCCUGAACACCGAUGGUCUGCCGAGGCUGUGCUGAACCACGUCUGACGGCCUCCGCAUCAACGCUACGUCGCCUCUGCUGCGUCGCCUCCCACAGCCGGAGGCCGUAGCCAGCUGUCAGUCAGACCUUGACCAUGUUUAGCAUGUAGCAUCGCCGGUGUGUGAGCUCUGAAACUCUUUAGCAUGUAGCAUGAAGCACGUUAAACGACUGAGCGGAAUGCUGGACCCCACACUGGUAUCGGUAUCGGUAUCGGUGCGUCCUUCGUUAAAAACACUGACAGAUGAAGAAAAGCGAUUCUUUCUCAUGACUCCUGUUGGUGUUUGGAUAUUUUUCAUGAUCAGACUCCUGACUUCGCUUCACGGCUGCAGACUUGUCAGAAAAUAUGUGAUAAAUGAUUAAAACGUUCGGAUAAAAGCUCAGUUCUUCUGCUUCCUGCAAGUUUUUUAAUCUUAUCAGUAUUUAGAGUCCAGGAGUGAAAGUGAGAGGUUCAGGAGUCCUGACGGGAUCAGACUGAUGAGGCAGUCAGAAGCUUCAUGGAACGGUGAACUGAAACUCCCCAGACUGUCAUUUCUGUUACACUUCUCAUUAGGGAUGUCCCGAUCCGAUCACGUGAUUACGGACUCGAUCGGGAUCGGAAGUUUCCUCCCGAUUUGGACUCGGUUGGAUACAUAUGUUUAUUUUUUCUUUGAUUUCCUUUUUAACCCAUUGAAGCCGGGACGCAUUUACAGUAGUGGCGUUGUUGCGCAAUUCCAUCAUUAAACCCAGAAGCGCUGCUGCACAGUUCUACCAUUGACGCCGGGUCUUUUUUUCCUCUUCUUUGCGCUCAUCAGCUGUUUCUUGGGCAAUGAAAUGCAUCAAACUCGCGCACAUCCAUAACUGAUCCUGUUUCCGGGUCCAGAUCGUGUUGCUGCUCUGCCUCCUCACUCUGUAUUGAACAUUUCUGGCCGCUGCUGCUCACUUCAGCGGUAAUGCUGCCUGGCUUUAAUGGGUUAAAUGAGAUGUAUUUAGGUUUUACGUGCUACAGAAAGAUGUAAUUAAAGAGAGACAGCAGUAUGUGUUGUUUUGAAUUGACGUUAAGAAAAUA